AUGGACAAUACUCAACCUGCUGCAAAACCAUCUCUGAGAUUCUACAUUCCCAUUACACCCAUCGAUUUUGAUAGUUAUGAAGAUCCACUCGCUGACAAAUAUCCUACAACUGUAAUCAAUUUUAAGAAACUUUUACGGGAUGCAAAGAAGUUUAUUGAAAAAACCUCUGGAAAAAGAGUUUCAACACCCAAACGAAAAGCUAAAAAGGUAGUUGAUGAUGAUGAGGAAUCGGAGGGUGAAAUGAUGGAGGAUGAGGAACCAUCUAAAUUACCAACAGAAACAAAUGCUACUACCACAAGUGAUAAUAACAAUGAAGCAUCUUCAUCAUCUACGAUAGGUUUUGGUUUCUUGGCCAGCAAUAAUGACGAAGAGGAGGAAUAUGUUUUCGAAUCGGAAAGUGCUCCAACACAACCACAACCAUCAGAACAAGAAAAAGACAAACAGAGAAGAGAAAAAUUAAAGACCAAUACCAUUCUUACUACUGGAUUAUUAACACAAUCCGAUAGAGGUGAGAUUGAUCCUGACGAAUUGGAUUGGGAAUUAUUGUCCGAGACAAACUCUCAUGCAAAUCGUUUGAAUGAUGUGAUUCACAACAUUACAAAGAGAGAAAGACAACUCAAAUAUUCUCUCACUCUUCCAGAAAGAGGUAGUAGUAAAAGCACUAAGAAGAAGAAGGAGGAAGAAAAGAGAAGAUUCGAUUAUGAUAGUGAGGAUUCAUUCAUUGAUGAUACAGAAUAUGAUGUAAUUGCUACUGAUUUCCCAAUGAUUCCACACCAAGAAGCUCAACAAUUAGAAAAGCACACAUUCUAUGAUGAUGAAGAUUCUGAAGAAGAUUCCGAUGAAUCAUCCAGUGAUGAAGAUGAUACUCUUGGUGGAGAUGAUCAAAAGAAUUCUAAAUUCCAUGAAGAAAUUGAAGAAGCAAUCACUGAGCUCGAAGAACUCUCUAAAUCACUCGGGUUUGACUCUUCUAAAUCCUACAAGACCAUUCCUCCAGAACUCAAUGAAGGAAUUAAAAAGUUGGCUCUUGCUCGUUUGAAGCAUUUCAAGAAGGGUGUACCAAAUACACUUCUCAAAAGGUUGAGAAAAAUUCCACCACUUAACUUUGGUCCAAAGACAAUCAAGGAUCGAAUGAAGUCACUCGUCAAUGAGCAUGAGCAAGUUGCUUAUCCAGCAGAGAUUUCCACCUUGAAGACUGCACUCAAAGAGGCCCUCUUUAGGGAAGUUGCCAACAAAUUGAAUGAGACAACCCUUACUUAUUCUGCCACUGUUUAUGAAACUCUUCGAGAUAAAUUUAGAAAGGAGGCAAACAUGAGACUUUCACUCUCUCAAGAAACCAACGAGCUUAUUAAGCAAAUUAUUAACAAAACCUUUGAGUAUGUCGAUAGCCAUAACAAGGGUAAGCCAGUUGAGGAACAUCUCGAUAAGAGAAAGGAGCUAGACCAAUUUAUCAAGGAAUUGCGUAGCAUUUGGCCUUCAAAGACAGAUGUCAUUAAAAAGUUAAAGGCCUUAGUUCCAGAAAUUGAGUCAAUUAGACCAUCUUCAAGCAGUGCCUCCCUUGCAACAUCUUCAAAGGAAGGCUCUUCAUCAAAACCUUCCGAAGCAAGCUCAUCCAGUGCUCCAAGCUCUUCCACAACAACUGGCGAAGAAAAGAAGAAGAAAAAGUCAUCCUCAUCAUCAGCCGAUGGAGAAAAGAAACGUAAGAGAACUGUAAAGAGAAACAAGUCAGAAAAGAGUGACAAGAAAGACGAAGAUAGUGAGCCAGAAGAAAAGUCUGAACCACCAAGAGUAGCUAAAAAGAAGAAGGAAUAA